AUCAUGAUCUCCAUAACUCUGGGGAUAAGCCUGAUAAGCAUGUUCAUAAAAAACCUGCCUCUAAAUCAGCCCCUCGUAGUCCCCAGCCCACAGCGGAGCAGGGCGACUCCAUCUCUAAAGUCUUAGAGUGGUUCAGCCGCAGCACAGACAGCAACGACUGGCUGGAGACUGAGAGCGAUCAACCAGACAUGGAGGAAGACAUGAUUGGCUCUGUGAAAACAGAUACAGAUGAUCGGCCUACCUUUGAGAGCAGGUCUCAGCAGACGGAGAGGGAAGCUCCUGAGGUGAAGAGAAAGCUCCUACAUGUUGACCCCAGCCUGGAUAUGCAAAGUAUUGGAGGAGGAGUGUCAGUGUGUUUAACACCAGAGGUAAAGGAUGGAUCUCAGUCUGAAUCCUCUAUAGAUCAACCUACGGACCAGUCACCUUUGAAUACAUUAAGAUCAUACCAGCCCAAGAGACACAUGUCUGAGGGGCUGAGAGCAGCAUAUUGGAAGGAGUUCAAGCAAGUGAUGUUAGAUAGAGAAGAGGAUGUGACAAAUAGGCAAGAGGAUGUGAAGAAGGCCAGUGGCCCUCCAGCCAAAGCUGUUGGACUACAGGUUGCAACACAAGAAGUCAAACAGAAAGAGGUCCAAGAUGAGAACCAACCACCUAAAAUCACCCACCUGAAGUCCUUCUGGGAGAAGGGCAACACUGGGCCCAAGAUACUCAUCAGUAGAUCAAUCAUUGACAAAAGACAGAAACCAAUGGAGAAAGAGAAAGAGAGAGCACUAGCAGAGAAGUCUCAUAGAACUGUUUCUGUCCCAGAGUCAUACGGUAUGGAGGGGUCUUCGAGGAAGAAUCUCAGGGAUGAAAAAGGAGAUGAACGGUUAAACCUAGAUACUCAACAAAGCACUGCUAGUCGAGAUAUGAGAAGUGUUCAGCCGAGUGUUAGCCCUUACAAACAGGAGAUAUACAGACCCCAAAACAGUGUUGUUAUUGCUCCCUCUAUAGAGAUAUGUACACUGCCAACCUGGGAUGAUAGCUACACUCCUGGGGCUCAAAGUGAGGAGGACAAUUUGACUUUAACAGAAGAAGAUCUCAGAAGAUCCCCAAUGAAAGUAGACAGAAGAAGCUCACAAGCAGAAAUAAUCUACCUAAGUAGACUCCAUCCUCAGCCUGACACGCUGUCCCAGUCCAGACUCAGCCCAGAACAUCAGAGAUUCUCCCCAUCAACACUCAGUCUUCAGCCUGAAUUGCUUAUCCAGCCCACAGUCAACCCCCAGCCUGUGAAGUUCUCACCUGCCAUACCAAAACCCCAACCUGAAAUGCCCUCCAGGGCCAGGUCCAAGCCCUGUCCCAACCCACUGCCUGAACUACUCUCCCAGCCUACAAACAGCCCAGACUCUGAGAAGUUUAGACACAAGGUUGGAAAAGAAAGUGAACAGUUUCCCCCCAAAACUCAGCAAAGCAAUGUCAAUGUACAGUCAAGUGUGUCCACUAAAAAACAAGACCACACCAUUAAAGAUAAAGGAAAUAGCCCACACACCCUGAAACAGGUUCCCCCUCAACAGGACAGCAAAGCAGACAAUAUAAAGCAGCUCAAGUCCUUCUGGGAGCAGGAGAAGAACAGGCCUAUAUUUUACACUGGUAAAUCAAAAGCAGGGGACUCCAGCGUGACUCAAAUUUCAUCAUCGGCCAUAGGAAACCUGAAUAAAAGGUACACCAAGUCUGAGUUUGACGUGAGGUCAAUCUGCAACAAAUCUGACGGCGACCACGAAGGGGAUUCCAACCUUUCCUCUGACAGAAAAAUACAGAAUUUCACAGUCUUCACGAUGGAUCAGAGACUGGAGAAGUCGUCCCCAAGCCUCGGAGCAAACCGCUCACAGUUUAAGAAUCUCUGCAACUUCUGGGGUGAGGCCACUUCGAAUAACAGAGGGCCGAUCUCUUCUGAAGAACUCAAAAGCCCCAAAAAUAAGGAGCCAAUGGAUGCUCAGAACUCAAUGCUGGAGUUAAAGCAAUGUGUUGACCCUGAUUUCUACAGCAAAUCUGCUCCCAGCCAGUCACAAAAAGUCAGUGCUACACUACCUUUGGAUGAGAGCUGGCUCAAGAAAGCAUCUUCACCUUCUUCACCAUCUUCUCCAUAUCCCCUGCCAUCUUUAGUCAGGGGGAACAAAGACAGAGAGCACCAGUCAAUGUCUAAAUCGAUUGGAGUGGGAUCAGGAGCUAUGAUUGACACUAAACCCAACUUCUCACCUCAAAUCACCAUAGAGUCAGAGCAGCAAAGAGCCCCUGGUGUCCCCCAGGUAACAAGGGGCUCAGAACAGGACUUCACCAAAGAUAAAAAGGCCCUGAAGCCCCAAAGCACCUCAGGAAAGGAAUCUCGGUCUCAUAAAGCUAGAAAAGACAGUUUUGGAAACUCAAGUGGAAGUGGACGUGCAAGUUCCCUUCAGCGCGCCACCAGUAUGUUCACAUUAGACAUGAAUGAGGAACAGGCCCAAACUUCUAUGUUGUACCCUAAAAGGACACAGGAUAUUAGUCAUGUCCAGCCCAAGAGGACACAGGGUAGACGACAGAGUGCUGACAAGCACGCUCCUCCUGGUCCAAGGAGGUCCUCAAAAUCAUUGGACGAGUCUGAAUCUCUGGCCCCUCGCACUCGGGUCUUUGUUCCCAAAGACUACCCCCAUUACCUGGAGUUUUCAGAGAAGACCAGCGUCCACACUGCUCUGGCCCCGGCAGCAGGCCUGCCUGGGGCUGAACUUGACCUGAGUGGUGGGCUUGUCAGAUCCAGCACCCUAGUGGACUCAGAGGAGCGUUACAGUAGGAGGAGCAGCAAGAUAACCCAGCGCCCCCUGGCCCUCUGGUCAAACCAGGGCAGCACUGACACUGGACGAGAUUCAUCAUUCAGUGCGUCUGAAAUAGCAUCGAGCAGCGCGUCUGAAACUUGGUCCAACUCCAGGACCAGUUCAAACCGUGAAAAUGAUGAUGAGGAUCAGGACCCUGUACAGAAGGCAUUGAAAAGAGCUCAGGCCCGCCCACAAAAUCUGGCCAAAAGUCUUGAGGAUAUCACAGCAUCCAUGCCACCACGACAAGAAAGAAGACUAGCUCCCCUUGAUGUCCUCAGGCGAAGCAGUGAUGCAUCCACCAUCCCCUCUCCCUCCUCAUCCCUCUACUCUGACCCUGAACAUUUGAAGAAGAUGAGCAAAUCUGUUCCCUCGUUCCUGCAGAACGAGAGUGAUUGCAGAGAAACUGACUACGCCUCUGAAGACAGUUACCAUGGAGGCAGGCAGAAGACGGGCAAAUCUAUGACUAACUUCAGCAGCUCCUCUGGCAUGGCAUCUGUGUCCUCUCUGAGUGGCAGUGUGAUGACCAUGUACAGUGGGGACUAUGGAGGUGUGGAGGUGCAGGGGAACAUCCAGUUCUCCAUCAACUACGUUCAGAAGCUCAGGGAGUUCCACAUCUUCGUGGCUCAAUGCCGAGACCUGGCCGCCGUCGACCCUAAGAGGGGCCGCUCUGACCCGUAUGUUAAAAGUUACCUGGUACCUGACAAAGCCAAAAUAGGGAAGAGGAAAACGUCUGUGAAGAAGAAGACUCUCAACCCCAUUUUCAACGAGCUCCUCAGAUAUCGGCUUCGUAUGGAGCACCUCCGAACUCAGACCCUCAUUCUCUCCGUCUGGCACCACGACACCUUUGGCAGGAACAGUUUUCUGGGUGAGGUGGAUGUGGACCUGUCCAAAUGGGACUUUGACCACACCCAGAUGAACUACUUAGCUCUGAAAUCCAGGCCUACCUCCAGUCUGCAGCCCUCCGAUGACAGAGGGGAGAUGAAACUGGCCAUACGCUUCCUGCCUCAAGUCUCCCACAGCCCAGGAAAGGAUCCCCCCUCUAACAAAGGUGAGGUUCAUAUUUGGGUGAAAGACUGCAAGAACCUUCCCCUCAUCAGAGGGGCCACCAUCAACCCAUAUGUCAAGUGCUUUGUGCUCCCGGACACGAGCAGAAAGAGUCGACAGAAAACGCGGGUGCUGAGGAGUACGGUGGAGCCGGUGUUUAACCACACCAUGGUGUACGAUGGCUUCAGACAGGAGGACCUGAAGGAGGCCUGCGUGGAGCUGACUGUGUGGGACCGUGACAAGCUGGCCAGUAACCUCCUAGGGGGUCUAAGACUGGGGCCUGGCACAGGCAGAAGUUAUGGGGCAUUGGUGAAUUGGAUGGAUUCCAAUGCUGACGAGGUAGCUCUAUGGGAACGAAUGAUGACCUCUCCAAAUGAAUGGGUGGAGGAUGUACUGCCACUAAGAAUGCUGACCACAGCAAAGUCUGUGCUGAAAUGAGAACGACUGAGAGAAAGUCUUCAACCUGCCACAGUACAAAUAAUGUUGUUGCGUUUUAUGUUAUAUACUGUACAUGUGAUGUGUAAUCUAGAAUAAUCAAAGACAUCUUAUAUUGAAAUAUAUAGGAAUGAAGAAGCUUUUGUAAAAAUCUGCUGAACAAGUUGAUCAAAUGUUAUAUUAAUGAUAAUCAUACAACCCAAACAUUAUUUUUAUUAUCAACCAAAACACACUUAUUUUCUGUGUUUAAUUCUCAAUCACAACAAGUUUACUCACUCCAUUAUUUAUAUUUGAUAUGACAAUUUUCCAUGACAUGAAUGUACAUCCUAACAUUAACCACAAUUAAAGAAUGUGCAAUGAUGGGUAUUCAGAGAUUUGAUUAGUGUCCAGAAGAAGUGAAGAGUUUUAGUAGAUCCGUGGUCUGUCUGUGUGUGAUGUUGAUGUACAGUCUACUCUGUACCCAUCUCUUCAAACAUCACUGCCUGUAUAAUGGCCCUCACGUGUGACUUUGUACUUGGUGUGCAAGAUCACUUUGGGCAGAAAGCACUGAGCACUCCAGAUAACCAGCCUCACCUGGUGGACAGACACACAAACAGCAGGCACUAUUAUUUUACCAUACAUGGUCAGCAAAUGGUGGGUUUGGGAACCUAUGACUGAUUUUCAUUAUUUUCAAAUUGUUGGUAACAUUCUGAAAUGGGAUCCUUUUUGGUAGACAUAAAAAAAGCUAUAUUUUUUUGUUUCAUUACCUACAUACAUAUAUAAAAUGUAUGUUAAUUAUAAUCUCGUUCCCCGGUGAUGACAGAAGUGGUCAGUGAGACAGGGCUGGUUGCUCAUGAACUCCAUGACACUGGAGAAGCAGAGGGAGGUACAGAGUGCAGUGCAGCUGACGGUCCGUCUUCACCGUCUCAAAGGACCUUAGCCUCAUGUCUGGCUCCCAGAGUGUACAAGGAACAGGUGCACCCGAGCCAGGGUAGUGGAGAGAAAGAUCAACAGCGUACGAAAUGGCAUCCAAUUCCCUAUAUAGUGCAUUACCAGGGCCCUGGUCAAAAAUAGUGCACUAAAAACAGAAUAGGGUGCCAUUUGGGAUGCAGCCCAUGAGUCAGGGGUAAAUAUAAGUACUGUAUGAAACUGUUAGUGGCAGAGCCGUAGAGCUAUAUGCAUGUCCUUAUCUAGAAGUUUCCCACAGUGCAAUACUGUACAGUACAACACAGUACAAUCUCCGUACAUUAGUGUUUGCCACCCCCUGCUACAUUUUGAAUUGCUUUACAUGUUUGUCACCUACGGGAUAAUGCUUUGAUGAACUUGCCUUUUUUUGUGCCCAAAAAGUUCAUUAGCUCCUUUUUCUCUUGUGGGUUUGAAGGUUAAUUUGUCUCUUCCACAUCUUUAUCCAUUUCUUGGCAGACCACAGCUAGCAGGAGUCCAGCCAAGACAAGCCCUGGCAGUCAACCAGGUACACACAAACAAAGAGAAUCCAAACAUGUCUGUACAUAUAAAACCAAAAGUGUGUUUUAGACUACUGAUGGAUGUGAGAAGUUAGACUGCUAGUACCUCAAUCUGUUACCAAAACAGUACUUACUGUAGCUAUGUGUCUGGUUUUGUUUUUUUGUUGACUUUCCACAUGUUCCUUGACUGAACUAAUAUUGUAUUUAGGCUACUGAAUAUACAGAAACCAAAAGAUAGGUGCCAGGUGAAAUUGCUUAAAUUAGACAAAUAGUUGAAAUAAUGACCUGUGUAGGUCCUCUACAAAGCUUGUCAACAUGUUGCUCUUUUCUCUUAUUGCACAAAGGGAGAACAUUCUCUAUAACCAAACUGAAGCUGCACUUGAACAUUUGUAUUUGAUACUUCUCUAUAACCACCCAACCAAGACAUCCAUGAUACUCUCCCCAGUGACAGUUCACAACUGCUUUCCCAGUAAUACAGCACCCAUUGUCAUAAAAUACAAGAUAGGAGAAUCAAACUAUUCUCAGGUAAAGGCUUAGACUAUUGUUGCCAGUUUUGUUGGCCCAAGAGCAAACGUCUCAAAAUGACAUGGAGGACAGACAAUUAUUUCACACACAAAAAAAAUGUAUGAAACCAUUUCAUUAAUAAAAUAUACUGAACAAAAUUAUAAACGCAACAUGCCACAAUUUCAAAGAUUUGUCUGAGUUACAGUUCAUAUAAGGAAAUCAGUCAAGUGAAAUAAAUUCAUUAGGCCCUAAUCUAUGGAUUUCACAUGACUGGGCAGGGGUGCAGCCAUGGGUGGGCCUUGGAUGGCAUAGGCCCACACACUUGGCAGCCAGGCCCAGCCAAUCAGAAUGAGUUUUUCCCUACAAAAGGGCUUUAUUACAGACAGAAAUAUUACUCAGCACCACCCCUCCUCCUGACGAUAACGAAGGUGAGGAAGCUGGAUGUGGAGGUCCUGGGCUGGCGUGGUUAUGUAGCAGUGUGAUGUUGUUCCCCUAGAUUAUGCACCAAGUUGCACACAAGGACCAAUUCAAAUAGGCCAUGUCGGGGAUGUUAAUCAUUUGAUAAUAAUGAUUCAGUGUAUUUUUUUAUUUAAUUACAGCUGCAUAGCUAAUGUUUUUAUUCGGUGUACAAACACUUUUUCAUAUCAAUAUUGUACAUACAUGUGAUUGUAAAAGUUUUGUAUAUUUUGGUUUGGCCCAUCGCGGGUUAUCUGUAUUUCCGUACACCCUUAUUGUUCUCUUUUGCCUGACCUUCAGCUAGCAAGGUAUGUUGUCCUUGGCUCUGAAAUUGUUUAAUAUAAAACCAUCAUAGUGUUACACAAUGUACUGUUAUGCAACCAUAAGUUUGUUACAAUGUGGAUAAUAUAAAGAUUUAUGUUAACAGGUUUCCCAAAGCUCGCUAACUAGGGUAUCUAUUGUAACUUGUGAGUACUUGGGACAGUGUUUGAGUGAGUGUCCAUGUGCUUGCGCAGGUGCCUGAGAGCAGGACUGCACCAAGGGUUAACAUAAUGUGUGUUGUCUCUUCGUGUGCAGGUAUGUCUUUUAUUUUGUCCGAAUUAUGUUCUGUAUAAUUUUACUUGCAUUGUAUGGUGUGCUGUUGUGCAUUGAAUGUGUGCACGCAGCACCUGUUAUUUCCUUUUGGCACUAUUUUGCCUGACCUUCGGCUAGCAAGGUGCCUGAGAGCUAGGACUGCACCAAGGGUUAACAUAAUGUGUGUUGUCUCUUCGUGUGCAGGGCAAAUAAAAAUAAUUCAACUA